GGUCGGUUUUUGAACCGCUGCAGUAGUGCGGUUGAUUCAAAUGAGUUUGUCAGCAUUCCAGCGGCAGUCCGAGAGCAGAGAGUACAAGAAAACUCCAGACACAGGCUAUAAUGGAAGACUAUUUGAAGAUAGAGAAGAUUGGAGAAGGUACGUAUGGUGUGGUGUAUAAAGGCAGGCACAAAGCCACAGGGCAGGUGGUGGCCAUGAAGAAGAUCCGUUUGGAGAGUGAGGAGGAGGGGGUUCCCAGCACUGCUGUCAGGGAGGUCUCUCUGCUCCAAGAGCUGAAGCAUCCCAACGUUGUACGACUCCUGGAUGUGUUGAUGCAGGAGUCUCGUCUCUACCUCAUCUUUGAGUUCCUGUCCAUGGACCUGAAGAAAUACCUGGACACUAUCCCCACCGGCCAGUACAUGGAUCCCAUGCUGGUGAAGAGCUACCUUUACCAGAUCUUGGAAGGGAUCUACUUCUGUCACUGUCGUCGAGUCCUCCACCGAGACCUGAAACCCCAGAACCUUUUGAUCGACAACAAAGGGGUCAUCAAACUGGCUGACUUCGGUCUGGCUCGGGCCUUUGGUGUUCCUGUCAGAGUCUACACUCAUGAGGUUGUGACUCUUUGGUACCGGGCUCCAGAAGUUCUGCUGGGUUCCCCCAGAUAUUCAACUCCGGUGGAUGUUUGGAGCACAGGGACCAUUUUUGCUGAACUGGCCACCAAGAAGCCCCUGUUCCACGGGGACUCUGAGAUCGACCAGCUCUUCAGGAUCUUCAGGUCUCUGGGAACCCCGAACAAUGACGUGUGGCCUGAGGUGGAGAGUCUCCCCGACUACAAAAACACCUUCCCUAAAUGGAAAGCUGGCAACCUGUCGUCUCUGGUGAAGAACCUGGACAAGAACGGCCUGGACCUGCUGGCAAAAAUGUUGACCUACAAUCCUCCCAAGAGAGUCUCCGCCCGCGAGGCCAUGACUCACCCUUACUUUGAUGACCUGGAUAAAUCCACCCUGCCCGCUGCUAAUAUCAACAAGAUCUAAAUCUAUUGACCCCACAUUUAAAAACACAUUUAUACCCAUUGUGAAUGACCAUUCUGUAAAUAUGUGUGUGUACAAAUUGUAAACCUUUGGUAAUGUUUUUGUCUUUCAACGAUGUCUUUUCAAUAAAGCUGCACUUUCUGUCUCAAAAUA